AUGAGCACUGACUAUGAAAAGCCAUAUUCAGAUUUUAUAGAAGCAUUUGAAAAACUUUUUCGUAUGAAAAUUAAUGAUUCAGUUGAAGAUAUGUGCAAUAUUAUCACAAAUGUUUUGAUUUCAAAAUAUCAUCUUACCAAAAACCAACUCUCGAAGAUAAUUAUCAAAGCAUUUCAAUAUAAUUGUGCUUCAGGUGAGAAUUAUAUUAAAAUACUCAAGAAUAUUGGUUUUGAUAAUACAAAAAUUUUUCAAAUAGAAUUUCCAUCAGUGGAUUCAAUCGAAUUUGCUGUUAUGCAUGACCAGAUUGAUAAAUUCAAGGAAUAUAUUUCUCAAAAUCAAAUAAAAAAUAAUGCAUUUAUUUCAAUCCCUAUUUUGACUAAAAGUGAUGAUGAAAUUUUAUUUGAUUCUUAUCCCAAUCACAUAUUCAGUGCUGUUUUAUCAUUAAUUGAAGCAUGUGCCUAUUUUGGAUCAAUAAACAUUUUCUUUUUCUUACUUUCAAACCAAAAGUAUACAAUUUCAAAGAAAUGUCUUCGAUAUGCAAUAAUCGGUAGAAAUACAGACAUUAUCAACGAAUGCUUAAAGGAAAAUCAAAUGGAUCUAAAAUGUCUCAGAAAUAUUGUAUGUUCACACAAUCACCAAAUGCUUGAAUUCGUUUUAGAUAGAAAUUUAUUUACAUAUAAAGAUUUCGAUGGAAAAGACUUAGAAUCAAGGGCUAUUUACGAAGAUAUUAUCAAAUAUCAAAAUCUCAAGGCAGUAUUUCUACUUUUUGAGAAAGAAAAAAAUUGCAUCGUUCCAUGGUGUGCUGCAUUUCCCCAAACAUUAGAAAUUCUCAAAAACGAAAAACUUCCUGAUAAAACUGAUUUCCGGGAAAGAAAUAUUCUACAUUAUGCAUGCAUGUCACAAAAUUCCGAUAUCUUUAAAUUUUUAGUUGGAUCAAUCAAAAAAAUUGAUGUCAAAUAUCAUAUGACUGCUUUAUGCUUCGCAGCAGAAUAUAAUAACAUAGAUGCAGUAAAAAUUCUUAUAUCACACGGUGCUAAUGUCAAUGCUAAACAUACUUUCCUUUAUUCAAUAUCAAUCACUAUUUUAUCACAUUCUCAUUCAUUUAAUAUCAAUUAUUAA